CAGGCCAAUGGAAACACUCCAAAGUUGACAAUCCUCUGUGGAACAAGCUUACUUACAUGUGGCCUACUCUCCCCAAUGGCCAGCUCAAUGAGGAGUUUGAUUGGCCAAUAGAAGGAAUGCUUGUGCCCAACAGCCCUCCCAUGAAGAAAUCCAGCUGUAAGACCCUGGAGCAGAAGGUCCCCGUGAAACUCAGAGUUCUGAGGAAUGGACACAAGGAUAAAAGCAAAUACCUUACUGUAAUUGGUUCAGACAUCUCAUCUGGAUGGAAGACACAAAAUGAAAACACCAAAAGGAAACAAAAAGUCUGGGUUAAUAAAGACUCAGAAGUAGAAAUAAACCAGAUUGAAUUUCACCAUCUUUUGGAGAGGUGCACGGAAGCCUUAAACUUGCCUUCUGCAGCUCGUAGAUUGUUUAAUGAAAAGGGGAAGGAAAUCUUUGCCCUUAAAGAGUUGCAAAGAGAUGAACUGGUAUAUGUCUCGUGUGGAGAACGGUGGAUCAACCCUGACCUUGCCAUUGCUCAGCAAAGGAAGCAAAUCUUCCUCAGGAACUUAGCAUCUGACAUUUCUAAAAUUCAAGCCUUCUGCUCUUCACGCAAGGAAGAAGCUCUUGUUUUAGAAGUCCAAAGUGACAUUGUGUCUGGAAGCAAGCUUGCUGUGCAUAAACUUAGAGCAACUUUUGGAGAAGAGAAGCAACUUGAACAACCAGAGGGAAAACAAAUGCAAAGUGAUGAUUUAACAACAGAACAUGCUUCCGGGGAAAUUCUAGAUGCACAUGCAAGAGCUCAUCUUCGAAUGGCAGCUUGUCACCGGCUGCUCAUGUAUGCCUGGCAGGACCCUUCCUGUGAUGCUAAGGAGGAAGACAGUCUUCAGAAGAAAAUGGAAGAAGAGCUCUCCAAAAAAGUAAAACCACAAAAGGGAGACAGACAUUCUUCAAGGAGUAGUACAUUGCAGAAAGCCAACCAUCAGCAGUUUGAAUAUAGAGAUGGACAAAUCAUAAGCCAUGCUGUGCCUCAGUUAGUCUUGGGAGUACAGGGUCCUGACCUCCAUUCAGGCAAGGAGGUGGUUUUGAUGGUGAAGAAAUCUGACGAUAAUCAUCAACAUUGGAUACACAAAGAAGACAGCAGGACCUUUCACCUGGUGAGUAACCCAGACCUGGUGCUGGCAGUUUCUAUGACCAAGGCUCAGAAUGAAGCCAACGGCUAUCCAGUUGUUGUUCAGAAAUAUAAACCAUAUAACAACGGAGCUGCCAAUCAAAAGUGGUAUUACAAGGAAAACAUGAAGGCCUUUAUGGCUUUUCAGAGCACUGCCCUGGAUAAGGAAAUAACAUCAGCAAAUUUUGCUGGCAUAUGCACAUCAUCUGUCAUCAAAGAAAAUAUUGAUCAACCAGGAUAUUACUAUCUAUCACCUGGUGAAAAGGGGAAAACAUUGUUCUGCCUGGCUUGUGGAAGAUGCAUGAGAGCAGAGAAGGGUCUGAAACAGUUGUUUCCAGGAGUUCCAUUUCUCUGUGCUUCAGGCUCCAAGACUCAGAAGUCCCUAUCACGAGGACCUUUCAAGGUCAUCAGUAUGGCAAAGGUUGAUUUAUCAUCUGAUGAGGCUGAAAAAACUCUAACUUAUUAUGAAGAACGUCUGUUGUCCUUACGGAUGAAGACUUGCACACAGGCCGUGGCUCACAGGGGCAUGGCAGCUCUGCACCAGCAGGCAAUGAAGAUAAUUGCAUACAGAAAUGGGGAAGGAUACCGCAAUGGAAAGUUAAUUGUGGCUAAAACUUUCCGCAUGCUUCUUACAGAAUGCAUGGAGCAACUUGGACUUGCCAGACCAGCCUCAAAAGUAUUCACCAGAGAUGGAACGACAAUCCGUACCCUGUGUGAUUUGCUUUUAUGGGCUCUAGAUGAAGCUUGCAUCCAAAGAGGAAUUGAAGAGCAGAAGAAUGAGAGAGCUCCUGUUGGAAGAGAAGAGAACACUCUUGAAAACAUAGAAGAAAACUCAGUGAUGGAAGUGAAAAAUAAACUAUUUGAAGGGCCUGGGAAAUGUGAUAGUUUGGAUGGUGUAGAUGAGGUUUUACUCACUCUUGUUCUCAGAAAUCCUAUUGCUAUCUGGGUAUCUUGUGGUGAGCCAUUUCUACCUCCAAAUGCUUUACAGAAAGUAAGAAAAGAAGAGAAACAAAACUGGCUGAAAAAGGACAAACUUUUAGCCAAUUUAGAUACCAUGAAACACAAAAUGAGACAGUUAAAAGGGCGGCGAGUAGCAACAUGUCAACCUGCCACCAUGGUUCCCACCAAAAACCCUGCCCAGCCGGUGGUGGUUGAAGGAAGCUGGACAGAACAGACUCCAGAGGAAAUUAAACUCAUGGAACUUAUAAGGUUGACAGAGGCACAGCUUUCUGAGGUCCAGGAACUGCAAUCGAAACCAAAGUCUCCAACUGUGACCAAAGGUAAAGCAGUCCAGCAGAGCAGUCUGUACAAACAACCCGACACAAAGCGAGUUUGGGCUUAUCUGAAUGGAAGAUCUCCUGAAGAUGGCACAUAUGCCUGGGGCAAAAGUAUUUCAGAGCUACUUGACAAUUGCUCCUCUCAGCUCAAAACUCCCCAUCCAGCCAGAACCCUGUACACCCCAAGUGGGAAGCUGCUUCAGUCAUGGGAGGAUGUAGAGCGAGACAUGAUCCUCUGUGUGUCUACAGGACAUGGCUUUUUAUCCCCAAAAGAGUCAAAACAACUGAUGGAGAUCAGAGCAAAUUAUGCCAGAACCCGAAGGCAGCAGGGUCCUCAAGCCACAGACAUUGUGGUGUCACCACCUACACGGCUACUAUCGCUGUUUUAUUUACAAAAUUAAUUUCGAUCAGAACCAUCCUAUUUGCGUAUUUUGCUGGUAUAGCUAUGUCUACAUAUUCAUGUACUUGUUAUGAUGAUUGUUUAUCCCUUUUA